AUGAUUUCUAGUCGAUAUCGUUUAUUAUUAUUAUUAAACAAAACAUUUUCUUAUGCAAAACAAUGUACAAUAGCAACAGUUAAUAAUACAUUGGACAUACGUAUUAAUAAAAAACCAAUAAAAAAAUCUAUGUAUGCAUAUAGACGUUUACAAACAACAUAUUAUGAUUGGAUGGAAGCUGUUAAUCGUGUUGAUGUUCAACAAUCAGAAUUUCAUCGUCCAUUAAUUAUACGUUCAACUAUAAGGCAAAUUCUUCGUUAUAUGCAUGAUGGUUAUAUUGAUAUUGAACAAUGGACAACAUUUCGUAAUUAUCUUGUUAAAAAAGAUAUUGGUGUAUCACGUUUAUUUGAUGGAAUAUUUUUACAUGAAUGUAUUAAUUAUCAACGUUUUCUUAUGGGUUUAUCAUAUAUUAAUUAUUUAAAACAUGAAAAUAUAUCAUUAACACCAACAAGUUUAGCUAUGUUAUUAUUAUUAGCACGUGAAAUUGAUAUUCGAAUUGAAUUAAAUGAAUAUUGUUUAGAUGAAAAAAUUCUAUUAGAUACAUAUCAAGAAUUUCUUUCAUAUAAAAUUAUUCCUGAUGUAAUGCUUGUUUUACCAAUUAUAGCUGGUUUAACAUUAACAAAAGAAUGGAAAGAAUCAUUAAAAUAUUUACCUAUACUUGAUAAUGAUCUUGAUGGUAUGCAACAAGCAUUAGGUUUUGUUUUAACAGCAGCUGCUAAAUUUCAUGAUUAUAAAUUUUUUUUUUCUUUACUUGAUAAUAUAUCACAAACAGAAUCAAUUCGUUUAUAUGAAGAACGUCAACGAAUACGAAUAAAUAAUACAAAUAUAAUAUUGAAUAAUAAACAAAAACUUACACUUGAUCAACAAAUUAAACGACCAAUAGCACCAGCACGAAUAAAAGAAAGUGAUUAUUAUUUAAUAGCUAAAACAUCACAAACUUAUGAAACAUUUACAAAUUAUUUAACUGGUGAUAAAAUAAAACAAAUUGAAAUUUUAAUUAAAUUACUUGAAAAAACUGCAAGUAAUGGUUAUAUACCACCAAUAUCUUUUGUAAAAUCAUUAGAAAAAAAAUUAAAAGAACUUGAUCCAACUAAAUAUAAGUGUGAUUACAUUUAUUUUUAUCCAAAUGGUACAUCUCUCGAUGGUAAAACAAUAUUACCAUCGAUUGAACCAACUGAACAUGAAUGUCAAAUUCUACAUUCAUAUAUUCGAAAUAAUUUUCAAUCAUUACUUGAAAUUCAUUGUCCGAAACUUGCAAAUGAUUCAUCAAAAUUAUUAAAACAUCUUUCUGAACCAUUCGAUGUUCUUUUUGAUUGUCUUCAUUAUCCAACACUUGAACUUGACUGGCGUAUUCGUCAUCCAUUGUAUAUCAAACGUGUUCUUUAUCAAAUAGCUGAUGAAAAAGGUAAACAAUGUUUAGUCAUUGCAAAAAUUGAUCUUGCUGAUUAUAUUGAUACACUUCAAAUGCCUGCUGAUCUUGUAUCAGUUAUUCGUGUACCUUAUGAAUCAAUUAAAAGUCCAUUACCAUUAUUAUCAGCAUUAUAUCAUAGUCCAACAACAUUACUUGCUAGUCCAAUUGAUCAACGUUCUUAUAAAAAUUUAUUAGGUUUAAAUAAUAUUGAUAUAUUUGAUCGAUGGAUACAAUCACAUCAUUUAGUUCCAAUUACUAAACCAGAUUUAGUCUAUCUUCAAGCUCCAUGUUUAUAUUCAACACGUGUUCAUGUAAACAAAUCUGAAUGGUUAAUACCUUAUUUUGAUGGAUCACCAUUAACUGAACCUGAAAAUGUUCAAACAUGGUUUCGUGUUCAAAUAAAUAAUAAUUAG